CUUUUGUAAUGCCGAUGUGGAUUAUACAUAAGACGCUUUCGGGUCCCCAACUUGAAGCUAUCCCGACACUUGGAACUGAGUUUAAGCCCACACCUCCUGACGCCUUCCAUCAUCAUACAUAUAGACACGCAACCAGGCAUCCGCGCUGGUCAUCGCCAUUUACCCCGACAGUGACGGAAGGACGACAAUGGCUCAGAACCAAGCAGUCAAAACCAUCGAGGCGGGCGUCGCAAAGGUCGUCGACGUGCCGAUCCCGGCCCUGCCUGCCGACGACUACAUCCUCGUCAAGACAACGGCCGUGGCCAUCAACCCGACGGACUGGAAGCACGUCGACCUCGCCGACAAGGCCGGGUGUGUCGGCAUCUGGGUUGGCUGCGACUACGCCGGCAUCGUCGAGGAGGUCGGCAAGGGUGUGACAAAGGACUUCAAGAAGGGGGAUCGCAUCUGCGGGCCCGUCAACGGAUCGAACGCGCUGAGGGAGAUUGACGGCGCCUUCGCAAAGUACAUUGCUGUCAAGGGCGACUUGCAGAUCAAGACACCGGACAACAUUUCAGACGAGGAGGCCGCGACGCUCGGCAUCGCCGUCACCACGGUCGGCCAAGGCCUCUAUCAGACCCUCAACCUACCCCUCCCCACCGAACCGACUACCGAUCCGUCGUCCACGAUCCUCAUCUACGGCGGCAGCACCGCCAUGGGCAUCUCGGGCAUCCAGUACGCGCGAUUGUCCGGGUAUAGGGUGAUCGCGACGGCAUCGCCGCACAACUUCGAGUACCUCCGGUCCCUGGGCGCGAGCGAGGUGCUGGACUACCGGUCGCCCACCGUGUCGGAGGACAUCCGCAGGCUCACAGGCGACCGGCUCACGCUGGCGUGGGACUGCCAGUCGACCAACGAUUCGGCGGUCCUCGUGGCCAAGGCGCUGUCGAGCUCCGAGGGAGGCGUCAUCGGCACCCUGCUGCCCGUCGACAAGAAGGUGGUGCAGGAGGUCAACCCCAAGGUCGAGGUCAAGAUGAGCCUGUACUACACCGCGUUUGGCGAGGAUUUUGGCUACUUUGGCAAGAGGGACGCCGUUCCCGAAAACUACGAGUUCGGCAAGAAGUUUUGGGAGAUCAGCCGCGGCUUGUUGGCCGACGGUAAACUCAAGCCCAUCCGCGUUAUCAAGAACCAGGGCGGCAGCGGCCUCGACGGCGUCAUCGUCGGCCUCAAGGAGUUGAAGGAGGGCAAGGUCAGCGCCGGCAAGCUCGUCUACACCAUUUAAGGGGAGUAUAUCCAGCCCCCCCCCCCAUUGUGGUGCAGUCAGUGCGAAAGGGAACGGGCAAAAAAAGCAUCGAAGAUGUACAUCAAGGGAAAAAAGCAAGGUGGGAGGGGGGGUUAAUCAUCAUUUUGAGCCCUGCUUUGCUAGAGGCGCCGAAAAACAUUAGAGUAUAGCAGUAAAUGAACAAUGACAAAACUGUGGUAUCUGGAAACUAUCACGAGGAAGGAAAAAGAGGGGAAAACGACGCCUGCUGUUCCAUGGUGUGCCCGCUUCUUUUUUUUUCAAAAGUAUGUCCGCCUCGCCCCCGAAAACCC